AUGGACAGUAAUCUGGAUCGAUCGGAAAAUUCAGACAUUGAAAAUAUUGAUGGAGUUCCUGAGCAGAAUAAAGAAUUUGAAACAUUAAAAGUUCUUCAGCAAACAUUCACUCCAGAAGAAUUAAUUCCACAAAAAUCAUCAAAACAUAAAAGAUAUACUAAUUGGAUAUGUAAUUGUGAUGGAACCAUUAAUAAAGAACGUAUUAAACGUCAACUUAAUCGUAGUAAAACAACUGUUGAAGAACAUGUUUGUUAUCCAUGGUUAAGACGUUUAUUUUUUCAUUUAUCCAAUUAUUUUCCUAAUCUUCAUACAACUAGACCUUCAAGACGUUAUCGAUCACAUACAUCUACACCGACUACAGUAUUAAAUCGUCAACAAAGAAGUAAUUUACCAGUUAAUAAACACAUCAGCUCGUAUAUUUAUAAAUCUCCAACUAUAUCAUAUAAAGAAAAUGAUGGUCAUGAAUUUAGUAAAGUUAACUCUAUUCAAAGUAUGAAUCCUAUUACAAGAAUGUCAAUGAAUGAUAUCAAUUCAUCAGAUACACCUUAUCUAGCAGAAGAUAAUAAUAAUAUUGCUAUUACCGACGAUUGUCAUAUUACUAUUAUAAAGGAUCCAAGUAAUAGCACGAAUACAAGAUUUAAACGUAGACCAUUACAAAGGCAAAAAUCGAAUGGAUUUACUGAAUUGGAUAUAGAACCAGAAAUCAAUCUUAGAGAAAGAUUAACUUCUAAUUCAUCAUCUGAAACUAAUAAUAAUAAUAAUAAUAAUAAUAAUAAUAAUAAUAAUCUACCAAUACAAAAAUCUAAAUUAAUAACACCCAAUACAGAAUCUAUUCAACCUUAUCAAUCAAAUAAUGAUACCAUUAUUAAUAAUAAUAAACAUACUACUAAUAAUAAUCAUCAUCAAUUACAUGAUAUACAUACUACUUAUUUAUCAACAUCAUUAUCAUCAAUAAAUGAUAAAAUGAAUAAAUCCCAAUUCAUUAAACCAAUAACAUGUAAUUAUCCUUCAAUUAAAGUGAAAUCUUAUCAUAAUAUACAAACCAUUAAUAAUAAUAAUAAUAAUAAUAAUGUAAUAAAAUCAAUAAAUCGUAGAACAUAUAUGACACGUUCAAGAAAUUUAAUCCAAGAUACAUUAGAUGAACCAUAUGAUAAUUAUAUUAUAAAUGAUCAAUAUAAUAAUAAUAAUAAUAAUAAUAAUAAUACAAUUCUAUCGAAUUCUACACGAAUCUAUAAUAAUAAUAAUAAUAAUAAUAGUAAUAAUAAUAAUAGUAAUAAUUUGGGUUAUAAUGAUAUACCUGAAAGUCAAUAUUGUAUUCAAUUUAAAAGGGUGAAAGCUCGAAGAACAAGUUCAAGUUCACAAACUGAUUAUAAUAAAAAUAUGAAAAAUAGAAUAUUGAAUAAAGAACAUUUAAUCCAUGAUCAUUUACAAUCUAAAUUAUAUACAUCAAAUCGAAUUCAUGAUACAUUAAUACAUUCUAAUUUAUUUAUUAAUGAUUUACCACAAGAACAAGAACCUAUAAAGAAACAUUUAGAAUCAUGGUUAAAAGAAGCUGUGACUAGAACAAUACAAGGAAAAGCUUUAAAUAACAGAACAAGAAGAAUUCAAAUGUCUCAUGUAAGUAGUGGUGAAGGACAAAGGGAACCACCAGAAACAGUUACACAACAACCACAUAGUUUCGAUGGACCAGUUUCACGUUAUCGUGAUGAAUGUUUAUCUACUACAAGCUAUAGUCAACGAUCUAUUCAAAAACCAUUUAGAAGUCUGAAUAUAUCAACAGAUAGUUCACAAAUCAAACCUCCAUCUAUUACUAGAGAUAGUAUCGAUGGAUAUUUACCAUACUAUUAUGAAUCUGUUUUUGAGAAACAUCCAGAAAUAAUGAAUACUAAUACAAAUAAGACUGAUGAAAAAAUAAAUUUCUCCUUAUUUGAUCAUAAUAAAUCAUAUCACAGAAAUAGUAUUAAUCCUAAAUCUACUCAAAAAUCAUCUUUUACUAAACAUAGAAACUUUACUACUAUCAAUACUAAUAGUAGUAGUAAUAGUAAUCAAACAAAUAAUGAUUUUAUAGAUCAUACAUUACCAUUAAUAACCAAUAAUGAUCCCUUACUAAUAAAUCAUACAUCACAUGAACGUAUCAAUUCACCCAAGGAAUCAGAUCGCAUACAGGAAGAAUACGUAUAUCAAUGUAAUCAAUCUGACAUUUAUAAUAAUAAACCAAUUGUGUAUAAUACAAAUAAUGUUAAUGAUAAUAUUUUAUCUUAUUAUCAUGUAAACGUCACAAGUCGUAAUACAGAACAAGUAUCUAGCACAAUAAAUCGUAAUCAAAGACAUAGUUUUAGUGAGAAAGUUAAAUUGUCUAGAUCGUCAAAUGUUACAUCUUUACCAGAGAAAUAUCGUUUAACACAUACAUUAUCAGAUGAGAAUAGAAAUAAAAUGAUGUCUGCAACAAUGAGCACUAAUAAUACAUCACAAUCGUUACGUAAAUUAAUAAAUUUAAAAAAAUCUCCCCAAACAUCAAUUGAUAAUACUGGUCAACAUGUAAAUUAUGAAUUGUAUAGACGUGGAUCAAAAUAUUCUCAUAUAUUAGAUCCUUCAUUAUCUAUGGAUUGUAGUGUAGUAUCGCAUCAACCACAUCAAAGUAUGUAUGGUGAAAGACGAUAUUCACGUCAUUUAAAACCAUUAGAUGCUUGGCAAAGUAGACAAUCACAUAGUAUGGAAAUUGUUUAUUCUACACCAAAUAAUCAACGUUCAUUAUCUAGUCCACAAAAACGUAGUCCAUUAUCAAAACAAGCGGCUAUUCGUAAACUUCCAGCUAUUUAUAGUCGAUCAUUACAACAUUCAACUUGUUCAUUUCCUAUUCAAUGGGGUGGUUUUCUUAGUGGACCAACAUUAUCAUUAACAUCAGCAUUUGAUUCAUCAAGUUUAACACCGGAUUCAUUAAAUCAUAGACAAUUUUUUCGUAGUUCACUUGAUUCACAUGAACCAACACAAUUAAUAUCAGGAAUACAAAAUCAACAAUAUCAUCGUUCACAUAAUCUAUAUAAAGAUAAAUUUUUUAUUCCACAAGAUCAUACUUAUUCUGCUACAGAAUCACCAAAAAAUCUUAAUCCAUUAGAAGAAACUAUUCAUCAAAGUAGAAAUAUUAAAAGUUUACAACAAUCACGUAUUAAUUUAUCACCAUGGCCAUAUAAUGCACAUCCAGUUACACGUAAAGUACAUAGUUUUGAAUUAAAUCCUAAUAUACAUUGUCAACAAUCAAUACCGGACUUUAUUAGAAAUAAUACAGUUUUAUUAAAUGUAAAAGAUAAUCUACCAUUGACAUAUUCAGAUUCAUCAUCAAGACGUGGUUCAGCAAAUAGUAAUAAUUCUGUAUUUAUAUUAAAAGAACUAAAAUCAAAGUUAACUAAUGACAUAUUACCUACGAAUGAUCUCAUUUCCAAUAAUAAUAAUAAUAAUAAUACUAACUAUAAUGAUAAUACGAUAUUAAAUCCUUCAUCAUUGCAUAAUUGUAAAACAAAACCAUUAGAAAAACUUAUACCGCCAGAUUUAAUAUUUAGUCCAGCAUCAAGACGUGCUUCAAUGAUGGAUGAAGAUAUAACAGGUAUUCAAACAUCAAUAUUAAAUGUAACAAAUAAUUUACAAGAGUUUUAUAUAGAUCAUACAAGAAAUAAUAAUAAUAAUAUACCAAUGAUAUCAUCCAAUGAUUCAAAUAAUAAUACUACUAAUAAUAGUAAUAUUAGCAAUACUAAUAAUAGUAACCAAUUAAAUCAAUUAAUGCCAAAUAAUUUAUUAUCAUAUCAAAAUUUAAAUUUAAAAUAUAAUCGACAUAAAUCAGCUGAUAUAUAUAUAUCACCAAAUAAAUUAAAUAAUUUACAAAAUUUUUAUUCCCAUAGAAACAGUACAAAUAUACAAUAUAAUCAUAAUAAAUUUUUAUCACAAACUUACUUUCAAUCACCAGGACAACAAAAUUUGACACCAUCACAUUCCCCUUUAUUAUUGAUUAAUAAUAAUAAUAAUAAUAAUAAUAAUAAUAAUAAUAAUAAUGAGUAUUAUUAUAAUGAAGAUAAUUAUAUCCAUUGCCCAUAUCAAUCAAAUCUACAUGUAACAUGUUGUUCACAGAUAGAUAUGAGAAAUAUACAAAAUGGAUGGGAUUCAUUGAUACAUCAAUCAAUAAUUGGCAAUCAUAAUUCAAAGCAUAGGAUUCAGCAAUCAUUAAAUACCAAUAAAUUAAUCAAUAAAUCAUCAUUAGAUAUUUAUAAUUCUGAUUAUAAUUUAAUAAAACAUUAUAAAGAAUCAUUAUCAUUAGAUGAAAGAAAUGAUUAUGAAGAUUUUCAUUGUAUGAAUAAUAAAAAAAGAACUUUUAUAAAACAAACCAAAUCAAUAUCAGAUGAAGAAUAUACUGAUAAUAAAUUAUUAUCAAAAUCAUCAAAAAUGAAAACACUUAAAGGUAAAAAUUAUCUAUUUAAAAGUACACGUGGUAGUGAUACUAAUAUUAUUGAUCCACAAUUACUUCAACCUUCAUUAGGACCAGUUAUUGAUAGUAGUGAUGAGAAUACAAGUGAUCUAUGCGAUGAUGAUGAUGAUAAUAAUAAUAAUAAUUAUUAUGAUGAUGAAGGUGUUCAACGAUCACAAUCAAUGAGUAUCCCAUCUUCUAUAACAACUCCAUUACAAUCAAAAAUAUAUGAUAAAGAUAAAAAAUCCAUCAAAACAAAGGAUAUUGAUCUUAAAGUUGAUAGUCAUGCAGCUAGACGAAAAAGUUUUUUAGAAAAUUAUUGGCAACAAACUAUUCAACAAGAUGAUGAACAAAGUAAUGAAGAUACAAAUGAAUCAGAUAAUGAAUUCAGUACAACAAAUAAUAAAUCAAAUCGAAAUGAAUCAACUAGUGGAUUGAAUAAUUAUGGUAUUAAGUAUUAUGCUGAAGAUAAUAAUGAUAAUGUUAACAACAGAGAUUCAACAUUAUUACAAAUAAAUAGAUCAAUCAAUACACGAUGUAAAUCUAGUGAUUCUGGAUUAAACUACUUUAAUAAGUUUAUUAGUAGUAAUAAUGAUAAUAAAAACUUUUUAAUUACACGAGAACUCCCUUCAAUCCAUCAACAACAACAACAACACCAGGAUUAUCAUUCUAUCAGAAGAAAGUCUCGAAGAAAUUCAAAAUAUCACCUUUGAUUCCCACUGAAUUAACAACCAACUGGGAUACUGUAACUAAUGAAUUUAAUUUGUUAUGUAAAUCAUUGAUACUGGCGUUUUGUUUAAAAUAAUCUAAAUCAAGAGAAUGAUAUAUAUUUUGCUGUCAAUUUGAUGUUUGUUUGUUCUUUUUUUCAACCUCUAUUUUUUUCACAAUCACAUUUUGAUCAUUUUAAUUUUAAAUAAAGUAACUACAAAUGUAAAUAUAUUAAUGUUUGUU